AUGUCCUCAGAUAAGGUCCCCGAGGCACCCCCGCGCAACCCACACGGCGACUUCAAAGCCGUCGAGGCCGCGCGCCCCGACUUUGACACCUCGGCCUCCUUCCACUACACCAAGACGCCGGCCCCGGGCUGGCAGUACGGCGACGGCGCCAACACGUCCUCGUCCGCCUCCCACGUCGCCAUCGACCCCCACGCCGCCGGCCGCCCCGCCGGCUUCAACUACAAGUUCCUCAUCUCCGCCAUCACGCCGCGGCCCAUCGCCUUCCUGUCGACGCGGGCCCACGACGGCAGCGAGAACCUCGCGCCCUUCAGCUACUUCAACAUGAUCAACCACGACCCGCCGCUCUUCAGCGUCGGCUUCUCCAGCAGCCUCGCCGCGCCCAAGGACUCGCUGCGCAACCUCGUCGACACGGAGCGCGUCGUCAUCAACAUCAUCUCCGAGCCCUUCCUCGAGGCCGCCAACGCCACCUCCAUCAACGCCCCGCACGGCCUCUCCGAGUGGCACGUCGCCGGCCUGACGCCCCUGCGCGACACGGACAACGGCGUCGCCCGCGUCGGCGAGGCCGUCGUCGCCAUCGAGGGCACCCUCGUCUUCACCAAGGAGUGGGCCAGCAGGGCCACGCCCGGCAAGACGUCGGGCACCCUCGCCGUCAUCGAGGGCACCAAGUUCUGGGCCCGCGCCGACGCCGUCAACGAGGAGCGCAACCUCGUCGACCCCGACGUGCUGCGCUACGGUUCGAACGAGGACUUGGCGAGAGCCAUCGACACCUGUAUGGGUUCAUCCUAUCCAGUCGGCAGCUACGUAGUGCCUUGUGUAUUCCCUCCGCCGUUGCCGAGACUGGUCCGAUAG